CAAUAAAAUAUUUUUUUGACGAGAUGGUCAAAAAUGUAAUAAUUCAAGAUAGUAUCGAAAUUGCAAGUUCAAGGCGACAAUGUCAAAGUGAUAAUGUUGGUGGACAUAAUCAAAUAUCAAAUAAUCCUGAAAGCAAUAUCGUACCAGAACAAACCGAAACAUCUAUUAGUCAUCCAAGAAGUGAAUCAACCAUCCCUCUUCAAGCAGCUACGAUUGAUAAUAACAAUAUGGAGGAGGAGCGUUCAAAUAUUAUUAUUAUUGAUGAUAAUUCAGAAACUGAAGAACCGGGACCAAGAAUUGAUAGUACUAUAGAUGACGAGAUAAUUAUUAUUUCAGACGAUGAAACGGAUAUUAACAAUGAUAAUGAGCAGAUAAGUAGUGUCGCUGAAAAUCCUAAUCCUGAUAUAUCACUAUCAAUGGAUGAAUUUCCAGUAUCGAUCAGGGAAAAAUUAAAUACAAUGGUUUUCGACGACGUGAAAGUGACGAUGGAUUCAAAAUUUUGCGGUUGUUGCCUAUUAUAUCAGCCUCGAACUAUUUUUCGGCCUUGUAGGCACAGAUCCCUGUGUUUGCGGUGCAAAAAAGGAUAUGAAUUGCUCAGUGCUCAAGAGAAUAAUGAAUUGAAAUGUCUUAUUUGUAAUCGCCCAUCGACAUCUAUAAUGAUAUUGUACUAAGUACCGACAUUUGCUUUUUGUGGACGCUUAUGUCUGUGUCACAUUUAAU